CCCAAUACACAUGCUCAGGUCAUCCGUCAGGUCAACGUACACGCGGGUGGAGGGAAGUAAAUAAACAUUAACUACAUCAUGUCUAAGGAAGUUGGGAAGUUGAUAUUUGUAACCGGCAAUGCAAACAAAUUAAGAGAGGUGAAAGCUAUAGUUGGAGAUACAAUUCAAGUUGUAUCACGGAAAAUUGACUUUUAUACUUCAGUGCCUGAAUUUCAGGGAGAGCCAGAUGACAUUGUCAUUGACAAAUGUAAAGAAGCAAUCAAAGAGGUGAAAGGACCUAUCAUUGUUGAGGACACUUGUUUGUGUUUCAGUGCCUUAGGGGGCCUUCCAGGGCCUUACAUAAAAUGGUUUCUAGCAAAGUUGGGCCCUGCAGGCCUUCAUAGGAUGCUUGCUGGAUGGGAGGAUAAAUCUGCAUAUGCAUUAUGUACAUUUGCAUAUAAUUCUGGUGCAAGUGAAGAAGUCAAGUUGUUUCACGGUAAAACACUGGGUAAAAUUGUAGAGCCAAGAGGAGAUACAACAUUUGGAUGGGAUCCAUGUUUUCAACCUGAUGGAUUUGAUCAAACAUAUGCUGAGAUGUCAGACACUUUGAAAAACUCAAUAUCUCACAGGGGGAAAGCACUAGCAAAACUUGCCAACUUCCUAGUCAAUGAAUCCAAAACAAAUGAAGAUGAGCAGAAGGAUGAAGACGAACCAGAAUCAAAGAAAUCUAAACCAGAUUCAACAAAUUUUGUGUCUUAAGUUUCUCAAUUAUUUAAAUUCAAUGUUUUAAUGAGAUUCUGUUUCGUCAUUGUAUCAGAUUUUUUUCUUUCAAAUAGUGGUUAAAAUUUUGAUAUGCCAUUAUAUCAGCAGGGUACAAUGACUAGGAAGAACAGGUGUGUAUUAUUUUUUAAAGUACUUCUAUUUUAGGCAUAUUCAGAUGGCUUUCGGCCUGAAGUAAAUUUACAAUAGGUCGCACGUUACUUCAGAUGAGUGUCCACACGGUGCUUAUCCAGGGCAUAAUGUUCUUUUUCUUUUAUCACCUUUAGUCCUUUACAAAGCUAGUUCAAAGCUUAGAGUAAAGUAACUAUGAACAGUUUUUGGAAGUGAUAAUCGCCACUGUCAUUUCCAUAUUCAUCACAGGUAAUGUUGUUUUGGCACUCGUUUGUAGGUAAUUAUCUUUUGAAAAAAUGCGUGGUCAUGACAAAGGUCGCAUUUACUUGCAAGCUCUGAAGUAAGUGCGUCUACAUAGCGCUACUCUGAGCGCGUAUUCCUUACAUUUAUUGUGCAUGCAGAAGUAGUACACUUACUCCUGAGACUUGUUUGAAGUAAAUUGUCCAUAGUAAUUUUGAAUUAACUAAUACAAGGAGCAUCUUAACGGCAGGACCCAGGGCUUCGACAAGUAAACUACUACUUUAGAGCUUACCUGCAACUUGUCUGAACAUACCUAUUGUUGUGCAUCGCUCAGGGGUGGUGCCAGCUUAGUCCCAACUGUCAGGACAACUGGUCCAGCUAUCAGCAGUCGCAGUAAAAUCUGUCGGUGAAAAAAAUUAGUUGUCUAAGCCAGAGACAGCUCGCCUAAGCGUGUCAUUUUCAGACAUCUAAAGGUGAUACAACCUAUUUGUUUGUUACCAACCAUGUGGGGGUGGGGUGGAGGUGUGUGUGGCCCAUCUGUUGGGGAAUGAUGGACCGCCUUUCAGGGAGGGAAGUUCUGAUGCCAUCACAGUCGUCAGUAGGACAAAACUAUCAAUUUUUGGAUGAAUAUUAGCAUUACAAUGAUGAGUAGUGCACUCAGUUGUCACACACAACAACUGAAUUUCAGUGGCAUAAGUGGUUACAUUUAUAAUACUAAUCUUAUGUGUGACUUGUUAUUAAAGUACAGUGUUAUUUUUCCAUGAA